GAAGAGAGAGAAGUAACUAAGAGUUUCUCUUUCUCUGUAUGCUCUCUGCCUCUCUCUCGUUCUUUUGGAAACCCUAAUAUUUCUCUCCGGUCUUUCUUUUAUUAUUUCGUUCCUCAUUUGUUUCUUCGUGAGUAGCAAGUAGAUCCGAAAGUUCAAAGUCUAGGGUUUCUCCGAUUUGGAUCGAUCAGCACAUCUCGAAAUCUAGGGUUUUUUUUUCCCUUCUCUCCGCUGGGUUUGUGGAGAGGUUCUCUAGAUCCAGGGUUUCCCUCUGUAAAUGGACGGUGCCCUAGCUGGCUCGGUCCUUGCUAAAAACCUAGCUUCCUGCAACAAGACUACUAGAGACAGAGCUUUUCGUCUCCUCAAAACAUGGUUACCGUCACAGGGACGCGUCUCGGAUGACGAAAUGAAGAAGAUCUGGAAAGGCUUGUUCUACUGCGUCUGGCACGCCGAUAAACAAAAAAUUCAGAUCGAGCUCAUCAACCGACUCGCUUCGCUUCUUGUAAGUCUCGAUCUCCCUCUGUCCGUGCAUUACUUCGAGGUUUUCUUGACGACGAUUCGUCGCGAAUGGAGUGGAAUAGACCUUCUGAGGUUGGACAAGUUUUAUCUUUUGAUUCGUAGAUUUGUUAACUAUUUCUUCCUUCUUUUGAAGAAGAAUUCAUGGGAUCUUGAGUUGUCGAGUCGUUUAAUGUGCAUCUGGGAAGAAAAAACGCUUUUGGCUUCUGAUAAGUAUCCAGCUCAGGGUAUUAAUUAUCAUGUCUCUGAGGUUUUCUUGGAAGAACUCAAGCCUUUUCUUCCUGUUAGAUUGGAAAUAUUAGGUGUCCUGUUCAAACCUUUCCUUUCUGUGAUGGAGAAGUCUUCAGAUAAAGUUUUUCUGAAUAAGAUCAAAUCUGGCAUAUUUGAUUGCUUGCUUAGAAAUGGGAAGAAGCUCUUGGAGCUCAAGAAAGCUGGGAAAGGUGUUGAAACUGGCGAUGAAGUGAAUCUAUUUGGAACAAUAGCUCUGACAUUGGAUCUUUCGGUGAAGUUCUUUAAUUUGGGUUCCUCUCCAGAGUGCAUUCAAGGUAACAGGAAAGUAUUGUUUGGGUUGCAUGAGGAGUUUCUCAAGUUGGAAAAGGAAAUGUCAAAUGCAGGAAUAGAAGUUUCAAUUCCAGAGGUCAUUGGGGAUAACGUAGAUGAGGUGCCUGAUUUGAUUCCCAUUACUGCACAAGAAGUUGGUGCAACUGAUGUCUCCUUAGAAGUGGUUGAUGUGGAACCUGCAGUUUCCAAUGGGUCAGUAAGUAAGCUUUCUAAGAAGGGCAAGAAGGCAAAAAAGGCUUCCAAAGGAACUAGUAAAAAAGCCAAGACCAGUAUGAAUGGGUUUGCUAGUUCCGUUGAUUCAGAGAAUGGCAUGGAUCAUAACAUACAUACCGCAAAUGGUGAGAAUUUGAACGAGGAUGAUGAAGGGAAAGAAAAAGAUAGGGAUGGAAGUGAGAAUAUUGCAACAAAUGACGACCCAGCAUCUGAUGAGAAUUUGAUUCCUUUAUCUGAAUCUCUGAUAUCAAAUUUACAGGUGCAGUUUGAGAAGGUUGCUGCUGAGGUUGGAAUGGGGGAAGAUGGUAUAAGUGCAUAUGGCUCACCCACAUCACCGGUUGAUAGUGUUUCAAAGAAGAGAAAGAGGUCAAAAAAUGUAGAUGGGCAGGUUUCUAAUAGUGCAGAUUUGAGUAAUCAGGGGGGUAGUGCAGCAGGAAAAAGUGUGGAAAAGAGUGCCAAGAAGGUCAGGUUUUCCAUGAAAAAUAACUUGGUUUGGAAGCCACACAAUCCUUUACCUCCCCAAAGCUUGAGAUUACCACCCUCAGCUACUCCUAGAGGUAGUGCACUUAAGAAAGGGAUUCCCCCAGGUCCAAUUAGGGAGAUCCCAUCCACCACAAAAAAGUUGAAGAAGCGGGCAAGCUCUGUGAAAAAAGCACGCAAGGGUCCAAAGAGUGUUUCCCCAGCCAUCAAACGUCUGAGGAAGUUGCAGUCCCUUUCCGUAUAAUGUGACUGACUUGGAUGAGGAUUAUAUUUCUUUGUAUUCUUCUUUUCAAAGUCUAUUUGUGCUCCUUUUACCAACCCUAGCGGCUAAUUAUUAGAGAGAUGGAUGUGAUCCCAAAGAGUGAUUAUUUUUUUUUUAUCAAAUUAGCAAUAUAGGCUGCACCUUGCACUCAGUUUUUAUGGAUAUUCAUAUUUGAGACUGUUUUUCUUGGUGGGUAAUUUGUUCUAUUUCAUUGAUAAUUGAGGCAAGCACAUUCAUGA